AUGGACACGGCUGGUUUCCUGGUGCUGCUGCUGAGUUCCUCUUUUCUCUUUGAGGGGAAUUGUUUGGAUGAUUCUGGACAAAAGUCUGAGUCUUCUGAGCUCUCUACGUUUGACAUUGAGUCAGUGCUGAGACAGAUGAGCGCUGCACUGUCUGCACAGCAGGUGGAGAUCAGACAUCUGCAGGAGGGGAUCAGACAUCUGCAGGAGGGGAUCAGACAUCUGCAGCAGGAGAACAAAGUGGAGAUCAGACAUCUGCAGCAGGAGAACAAGGCCACGAGGACAGAAGUGGACUCGCUCCAAACAGAAGUGGACUCCCUCCAAAACAACGACAAAGCUCAAGAGGCUGCACUGGAGCGUCUGCAGACCAGCUCCUCUGUCACUGAACACAAAGUGGAAGCUCUGACUCACGACAAAACAGUGAGGCAGGUGGCCUUCUCUACAGCUCUGGUAGAGUCUGUAUCUCAGUACUUUGGUCCUAGUGUUGAGACUACACUGGUCUACAAACAUGUGAUCACCAACACUGGGAACGCCUACAACCCACACACAGGGAUCUUCACAGCCCCAGUCAGAGGAGUGUACCACUUCCAAGUUCAUAUGUUAGAAUCCAUUGGAGGUUACACAGGGUUCGUUUCUCUGGUGAAGAAUGGAUCUAAGAUGGUUGCAGCCCGUGAGGACCAGUCAUCAGGGAACGGCUCCUCGUCCACCUCCAUGUCUGUGCUGCUGGAGGCGGGAGACGUGGUUUAUGUGGUUCUCUGGAGCAACGCUCGUAUUUUCGACGACAAGAAUCACUACAACACGUUCAGUGGUCACCUGCUGUUCACCGUCUGA